AUGCCUGACAUUCGGUCCUUUUUUGGGCCAAAGGGAGGCGCAGCCCCCAAGCCCCCAGCGAAGAAGGUUGAGGAGCCUGUCAAGGGUCGAAGAAACAGGAAAGUCGUUGAGGACAGUGACGACGACGAUGAACCUGUACCUGCACCGAAGCCGGCAGUAAAGGCUGCUGACAAGAAGAAGGCCAAAGCCGAGGCUAUUAACGGAACCGAGACUACAGCCAGCGAUUACUUUUCCAAGCCUGCUAAGGCUUCCCGAUCUGCGGCCGCUACAAAGGCAGACCAAACCACCAAAGUGAAAAACGAGGUUGAGGUUCGGACUAGCCCACGCAACAAGAAGACGACUGCGAAACCGGCAGAACCCGUCCGGAACGGGAGUGCGGCGACCAAGAAGCGAGGUACCACAACGUAUACAAAGCUCGAGUCAGACGAUGACGCCGAUGCCUACAAAGAUGAUGGUGACGAGGAGGACGACGACAUAUUCGCUGCCGAUGUCAAAGGCCGAAACAAGCGGAAGAACGACGACUAUGCCGAGGAUGGGAGUGAAGACGAUCUGUUACCAAAGCCGAAACGCGUGGCUUCCCGAAGUGCUGUCGCCGCGACCCCAACCAAGAGCACCAGAGCGACGGCGGGUGCGAAGAGACGCAAGACCCCCGAAGACGAUGAAGAGGAGUCUGAGGAGGAUCAGCCACCGAAAAAGAAGGCCCCUGCCAAGCCACGAGCUCCCCGAGCCAAGAAGGCAGAUGAACCCGAGGAUUCGGCGUACCAAUCAAUCCUGAAUGACAUCCCUACCGUUCGGCCCCCCACACCUCCAGCCAAGGAUCCGGACGCAAAGUUCGACUGGAGGAAGAACGCUGGCUCUGGCGGAAAUAGCAGUGCAGUGCCUCCGAAUGCCGGCGCUGUCGAAUUGCCCGAGGGCGAGGAGGAGUGUCUUUCGGGACUGACCUUUGUCUUCACUGGUGUUCUUCAAACCAUCGGCCGUGAGGAGGCCCAGACGCUGGUCAAGAAAUACGGCGGCAAAGUCACCGGAGCGCCCAGCAGCAAGACCAGUUAUGUUGUUCUUGGAGACGACGCAGGCCCCAGUAAGUUGAAGAAGAUCAGAGACAUGAAAAUCAAGACCAUCAACGAGGAAGGCCUGUUCGAACUCAUUAGACGACUGCCCGCCUACGGCGGUAGCGGCAAAGGUGCGGAAAAGGCUCGAGAGAAGAAGAAGAAGGACGAAGAAGCCAUCAAGAGGCAAGCUCUGGAAAUGGAGCAAGAAGAGAAGGCCAGAAAGGCCGCAGCAGAGAAGGCGGCCAAGCAAGCAGCGGCUGCGCGCGGGACCGCCGCACCAACGACUCCGACCGCGGCCCCAGUGCAGCUCUGGACCUCCAAGUAUGCACCAACCCAAAUCAACCACAUUUGUGGCAACAAGGCGCAGGUCGAGAAAAUUCAGGCAUGGCUCGAAAAUUGGCACAAGGCAAAGAAGUACGAUUUCCAGAGGCGUGGGGCGGACGGUAUGGGCGCCACGCGAUCCAUCAUCAUCUCAGGCCCCCCUGGUAUCGGCAAGACGACUUCAGCCCACCUGGCGGCCAAACUGGCUGGAUUCGAUGUCAUUGAGAGCAACGCCAGUGACACCCGCAGCAAGAAGCUUGUCGAAAAUGGUGUCAGUGAUGUCAUGAAUAACACGUCGCUUCUCGGCUUCUUCGCCGGAGACGGCAAGAAGGUCGAUGGAGGAAAGAAAAACAUCGUUCUGAUCAUGGAUGAAGUCGAUGGAAUGUCAGCAGGAGAUCGUGGCGGUGUUGGUGCCCUAGCCAAAUUCUGCAAGAAGACCGAGAUACCCCUCAUCCUCAUCUGCAAUGAGCGUAAGCUGCCAAAGAUGAAGCCUUUCGACUUUGUGGCUAUGGAUGUUCCCUUCCGACGACCAACGGUAGAGCAGGUCCGAUCCCGCAUCAUGACCAUCUGCCACCGCGAAGGGCUGAAGCUCCCUGUCCAAGUCAUUGAUGCUCUGAUCGAGGGCAGCAACAAGGACAUCCGCCAGAUCAUCAACAUGAUCUCCACCGCCAAGCUCGACCAAGCAUCUAUGGAUUUCGACAAAGGCAAGGCCAUGUCGAAGGCAUGGGAGAAGCACGUCAUUCUCAAGCCAUGGGACAUCUGCCAGAAGAUGCUGGGUGGCGGAUUGUUCGCUCCAGCAAGCAAGACUACCCUGAACGAAAAGAUCGAGCUCUAUUUCAACGACCACGAGUUCAGUUACCUCAUGAUCCAGGAGAAUUAUCUCAGGACGAAGCCAAUGGCACUCAACAACAGAGGUUACAAUAAGCGGGAAGAGAACCUCAAAUACCUCGAACUUGUGGACCAGGCGGCCGAGAGUAUCAGCGAUGGCGACCUGGUCGACCGUAUGAUUCACGGGCCUCAGCAGCAAUGGAGUCUGAUGCCCACACACGCAAUCUUCAGUACAGUUCGGCCCUCAAGCUUCGUGGCUGGCCAGCUCAUGGGUUCCAACUUCACUUCCUGGCUCGGCAACAACAGCAAGACUGGCAAGCUCGGCCGAUAUGUCCGUGAGCUGCAUUCUCACAUGAGACUCCGGUCUUCAGGUGAUGCCAACGAGAUCCGCCAGCAAUACUUGCCUGUACUAUGGGACCAGACGGUCCGCCGCUUGUCUGUCGAAGGCAAGGAUUCCGUUGACGAAAUCAUCGCGUUGAUGGAUAGCUACUAUCUGACACGGGACGACUUCGACGCGAUUCAAGAGCUUGGUGUUGGUCCUCAAGCUGAGGGUCGCGCUGACAUUGAGUCGAAGACGAAGGCGGCAUUCACUCGAACUUACAACGCCAUGUCUCAUCCCAUUCCCUUCAUGAAGGCCAGCAAUAUUAUGGAGCCGAAGAAGGCCGCGAAGCAGGCUCCCGACCUUGAGGAAGCGAUUGAAGAAGACGACGAUGUCGAUGUUGCUGAGCCUGCUGAGCCUGCUGAAGAUGACCAGCUCGACUUGAAGGGGGACAAGUACAUCAAGCAACCGAAGCCCAAGGCCAAAAGAGCCACUAAGAAAGCCAAAGCGGAUGACGAGGAUGGUGACGAUGCAGGUGUCAAGCCUAAGAAGGGCCGGCCCAGUGGCAAGGCAACAGCUGCUAAAGGCAAGGGCAAGAAGUGA